CCGCGGCUGCGCAGUGCCGCCUGCCCCGUACGCACGUGACCCCGCGCCGGGCGGCAGCGAGGCUCCCGGUUGACGGCAAGAUGGCGGUCGCCAUGGCAUGGCUGCGGCGGGGCGCUUGGGGCCCGGCCCGGCGGUGCGGGCUGGCGGCCGGCCGGAGCUACAGCGGCGGCGGCGCCUACCCCAGCGUAUCGCUGACCUGCCCGCUGCCCGGCGUGCCCAAGGCGGUCUUCGCGGCGGCCGAGGGCCGGGAGAGAUUCGAAACUCGGGUGACGGUACUGGAGAACGGGCUGCGCGUCGCCUCUCAGAACAAGUUCGGGCAGUUCUGCACCGUGGGCCUUCUUGUAAAUUCGGGAUCAAGACAUGAAGCCAAAUACCUCAGUGGCAUCUCUCACUUCUUGGAAAAACUGGCCUUCUCCUCCACAGCUCAGUUUGGCAGCAAAGAUGAGAUCCUUCUCACCUUAGAAAAGCACGGGGGCAUUUGUGACUGCCAGGCGUCGAGGGACACCAUAAUGUAUGCUGUUUCAGCUGAUGCCAAAGGCCUGGACACAGUGGUCAACUUGCUGGCUGAUGUAGCGCUACAGCCCAGGUUAUCAGAUGAAGAGAUUGAGAUGACUCGAACUGCUAUACGAUUUGAGCUUGAAGACUUGAAUAUGAGACCUGAUCCAGAGCCUCUGCUCACAGAAAUGAUCCAUGCGGCAGCCUACAGAGACAAUACAGUUGGACUGAACAGGUUCUGCCCAGUGGAAAACACUGACAAAAUUGAUCGAGAAGUCCUGCAUUCAUACUUGCGGAACUACUACACACCAGACAGGAUGGUCCUUGCCGGGGUGGGAAUUGAGCACGAGCAGUUAGUGGAGUGUGCGAAGAAAUACCUCCUUGGAGUGGAGCCAGUGUGGGGCAGUGGGCAGACCAAGGAUGUGGACAGAUCUGUGGCUCAGUACACAGGAGGCAUUGUCAAGGUUGAAAAAGAUAUGUCAGAUGUGAGUCUGGGCCCUACUCCCAUCCCAGAGCUUACCCACAUCAUGAUUGGAUUAGAAAGCUGCUCAUUUUUAGAGGAAGAUUUCAUUCCCUUUGCUGUAUUAAACAUGAUGAUGGGAGGUGGUGGCUCUUUUUCAGCUGGAGGGCCUGGCAAGGGCAUGUUCACCCGACUGUAUCUCAAUGUGCUCAACAGGCACCACUGGAUGUAUAACGCAACCUCUUACCACCACAGUUAUGAGGAUACUGGUCUCCUGUGUAUACAUGCCAGCGCAGAUCCAAAACAGGUUCGAGAGAUGGUGGAAAUCAUCACAAGAGAGUUCAUUCUAAUGGCAGGAGCAGUGGGAGAGGUAGAACUUGAGCGAGCAAAGACACAGCUGAAGUCCAUGCUCAUGAUGAACCUCGAGUCUCGGCCAGUUAUCUUUGAAGAUGUGGGAAGGCAAGUGUUGGCAACAAACACAAGGAAGCUACCUCAUGAACUCUGUGCCCUGAUCAGUCAGGUGAAAUCUACUGAUAUCAAGAGAGUGGUCACUAAGAUGCUUCAUAAAAAACCAGCUGUGGCUGCACUGGGUGACUUAACAGAUUUGCCCACUUAUGAACACAUCCAGGCAGCGCUUUCCAGCAAGGAUGGGCGACUCCCUCGGAUGUACCGGCUCUUUCGAUAAAACAGUGCAUCUUGCACA